AUGAAGAGAACAGCUGUCAUUUUCAUUGAGAAGGCAACCCCUUCGACCAUUACACAGUUUCAUGAUAUUCUCUCUACCCAUGUUCUGGCGAUCCAGGAAAAAUGGUCAUUUGAGCUAAAGACAUUUAGAUCCAGCAUCAAGAAUCUCCCACCAAGCGAUACAAAAGUCCUUUAUUCCCUGCAGUUGACUCAUAGAGACAAUCAGACUGUGGUGAUAAAGAACCAGUCAGCUAUUGUCACUGGUCAGCACAGCACGGACGCGCUUACGUCUAAUGGAUGCUCCUCAGGCUUCCCCGAACCAUUCGAUAAUAUUCUAACGUCGAAACUAUCAAACAUAUGGACCCAGCGUCAAUCUACAAAAGGCAACUUUGGCACGACUUAUAAGACGUCUGAGCUAAUUAUCCGUGCGUCAAAUGUUUUUUCCUCUAGUGGCUUCAAGGGCCUUCUGCUGGAAAUAGAAUGCACAGACCCCGUGUCAGCUGAAGAGUUCGACCGCAGAGUCGCUAAUAUCCGUGCUAUGCUGAGUGAGAUAGAUAUUAACGAUUACAAAUUAAAUAAAGACGAAAUGAAUGAAGGGAAGCCGGUGUUUUUGUGUGAUCUAGCUUAUCAGUACGUUAAAGUUUUAGAUUAG